GGUGGGCAAUGAGAACAAACGAAGCCGGACGGACGAGAGCAAUUCGAGUCUUGGAAUUCAUUCUUCUUGCUCUUGAGAGUAGAAGGGAAGCUCCGGGGCUACGAACGGCUGCCUGCCAGCCAGCCUGCGAGCCAAGCUAAACAGAACUAUCCUAUUACUUUUACGCCGGACGAGAAAAACCCGUCUGCUGCUGCGCUUUAUACGCCUUUCUUGAGAAGGGAAGCAUCACGUCGGGCGGCGGACGGUUCCAGCGCCCGGAAACUCGCCUCUUCCUGCCUGAACGCAAGACGACCUUCCCGCUGAUGGGCGCGAAGGGCGUCCUGCCCCUUUGACCCGCGCCUCAUGAUGAUUUUUUUUUCGAAGGAGGGGGCGGGCGCGGAGGCGGGAAGGGCCGGUUCGUGAGCGCCAGGGUUGCUUGAACGUUUUGCCCUCUAAGUCCGCGGGGCUUCCUCUCAGGAAAGCGGAUGCAGCCCACGGACGGCUUAUCUCCAGCAACGAACUAACUUGGGUGAACCUUUGAGACAUACAAGCCUUGAGGCAUAAAGGUGAAACGAUAUGUUGAUGCAGUCUCUGGAUGCUGGAUUAUGGCUGCUUUUUGUUUCCUCUUUUUAAAGAAGUUCUUGCAUAAGUGUGCAGGAUCUUGACAUGGAUCAGGAUUACCAUGAACGAGGAGAGAAGUUUCAGAAAGGGAGAGAAGCUCCUCUUAGCAAAAGUGCCUGUUGAGGAUACAGGGGAUGGGGAAACAACUGAUAAAACGUGCAUCACAGCACAAACCAGAGAAGAACUCAGGAAGAUGAUGGGUAACUCGGAGAGCAUGGAAUCUACCCAACUCACCCUUCCAAAGCAUAUUCUGGACAUUUGGGCCAUUAUCUUAAUCAUCCUGGGCACUAUUGUCAUCAUGACUUUACUAGUAUUGUGCCCAGCAACAACGGUGAUUAUUUAUAGGGUCUGGACACAUCCUAUGCACCAUAAUGGUGCUGAGUGAGAUUGGGCCUCUGUGUCACUGUUUGGACUCUGCUUUUGAGGAACACAGGCUAAAUGCAACAGGAAAAGCAGCCAAUUUAUCUGGCAGUUUUCAAGAUUAGUCCUGAGUCCUGAGCAGGCAUUGCUAAAUUGUCAGCAAGGAUAUGGUAGCAACACAUCUGCUGUCAACAUGCGAUAAGAAUGCUACAGCUCACAAAAAAAUAUCUUCAAGCCUGCUUAUCUAUUUGGCCGAUGUCCACAGAACAUUACAUCCUGGACUUUAUCCCCACUUGUGGAAUCAGCUAAACUGCUACAGAAUUCCAGAUCAUUCCAGUUUUGGUUUCUGGUGUGAGUCUUCAUGUUUACGUAGCAAACUAUUCCAAAGGAACAAGGAGAUGACAGAAUCAAAGUGCUGAAAAGGACACUUUAGUAAAAUUUAAAUAGGGGCUACUUUGCCUAAGCAACUUGAUGAUCCAAACAAUCUUCAUUCCACACAAAUCAGAUGAGAUGGAGAGCUUGAGGUCUUAGCUGAUACAUUUGUGGUCCUUCUUUUCUCCCGGCACCCUCUGUUUCAAGCAGCAGCAGCUAAAGGGUAUUAAAAGGGAGAAAUGAGAAGUCAGCAGAUAAGUGACUGGUGGAAAUCAUAUUUGGUAUCUAGUGCAGUUGAACAGUACAUUCAUAAUGGGAGGUUUAUUUUAAAGAAAUUGAAUGAACAUAAUAUAGAGAAAGCGAAGGGCGAGGCUUAGAUUUUGUAAAAAAUAUUUUACAAAAGGAAAAUUAAAAACUUCAUUUGUGAAACUAGAUUUUAUGAUAGGAAGGUCUAUCUCAAAAAAUAUUUUACAGUCAUUGUGCUAUACAAAUGGUAUUAUGAUGGAGUUUUUUUAUUAUUAUUUUAGGAGAUUGAUUCCGGUCAUCAAACCUUUUAAAAUAUGUUCUCUUUUUAGUAAUUGGCUUCUUAGAACAGUGGUUCUCAACCUGUGGGUCGGGACCCCAUUUGGGGUCGAAUGACCAUUUCAUGGGGGUCGCCAAACAACGCAGUCUGCCAUUUUUUCCCCUUUUCCUUAGCUGUGCUACUCCC